GGUAAUUAUAAUUAGCUGGGAUUAAUGAAAAGCUCAGAAGCACAGCUCCAUCACACCCUCGUCCUGUCUUUUUACUAUCUAUCAUCAUGUCCCGUCCAACACCUCGCCUAUUUCUCGUUCGACAUGGCGAAACGGAAUGGUCUUUGAACGGGAGACAUACUGGCCGUUCCGAUAUACCCUUGACUAAAAGAGGCGAAGAAGAGAUUAAAGACGUGGCUCAACACCUGGUCGGGGAAGGAAAGGUAAUUGACCGAAAAAACUUAUGCACGGUCUUCGUCUCGCCGCGCCGACGUGCCCAUAAAACUUUCCAUCUCUUGUUUGAGCAUGUUGGAACUCCCAACCAUAUCUUGACUGAAGAAUGUCGCGAAUGGGAUUAUGGUGAAUAUGAAGGUCUCCGUUCCUCGGAAAUCAAGGAGAAGAAUCCAACCUGGAGUAUCUGGGAGGAUGGCUGCCCGGGUGGCGAAUCUGUUGAAGAGAUGCAAGCCCGGGCUGAUACCAUCAUCGCCAAAGUACGGGAGUAUCAUCGUCAGUACUACGAAGAAGGUCUCAAUACUCGGGAUGUCAUGAUUGUCGCCCAUGGUCAUUUCAGUCGCGUUCUUAUUUCGCGAUGGAUCGAGUUUCCGCUCCGCCUUGGUACUCAUUUCAACGUUGAGCCGUGUGGAGUUGCGGUUCUGAGCUACAACCACCACAGCUUGAAGGAGCCAGCUUUGAAUGCUCUCAACUUGUAUGCUUCGGUGAUUUAGAUAGGAAGAACCUAGAUGGGCACCGGUAAAACUAUGUAAAUAUUGUCUAUGUAUCGGAUAUUCAUGACCAUUUCACGCGUCGCGUAGAUCGGCGUGUUGCCAGAUCGGG